UCGGCGAUAGAGGCGAAAGUUGAGACGCAGGAGGCGCAGCUGACUAGGCUGCGGAACACCAAUGAAGAGGCCCAAAAGCAGAUCACCGGACUGAGUGGUCAGAAUUCCCGUCUUCUUGCGGAGAGUGCGGAGGCCGCCCGUGCGGCUGAGAAGGCCAACUCCAGUGUGCUCAUUUCUCAACGGUCCCAAGUGGCGCUACAGGCUGAGCUGGAGGAGAAGAAGCGAGCUCUUGAAGAGGAAAUAAAAGUAUGCUCGAGUCAACCGAAUUGUUCCUCAACACUUUUAGGCACACCUAUACGAAUUGUAGCAUAA